AUGUCAGCCAAGGAGGAGUGGGCCGGGGAGAUCCCUAGAGGCUUCAAACUAAAUUGGAUGAACCUCCGGGAUGCUGAGACUGGGAAGAUACUCUGGCAAGGAACAGAAGACCUGUCCGUCUCUGGAGUGGGGCAUGAAGCCCAUAUUCCAAAGAACACCCUCAAGUGUAAGGCAGUGUCUCCAAAACUGAAAUUGUCUUCAGCAGAACAAAUGGAAAAUUUCUACCUGGAACAAAAAGUUUACUUCAAAGGGCAAUGCCUAGAAGAAUGGAUCUUAGAGUUUGGCUUUGUGAUCCCUAACGCCACAAACACCUGGCAGUCCCAGAUGAUGCCCUCUAGCGUGCUAAAUGGGAAUGUUAUCACACAAGGUUUUUUGAUGACAAUCUUCUUGUAA